UGGGUGCGAGAGAGGUGGCAAAAGGUAGCGGGAAGCCCUCAAAGUGUCGACGAAAAUCGUUAAAAAAUAGAAUACGAAAAAAAACAGACACAUUGCGACUAUGUCAAGACUCGCUUGAAGACCGACCCACCGAACCAGCGGACACAGGCACAAUAGCAGGAGGCGAAGGAGCCAGGGGAGACACACGGUCGAGCCACGGCAGACACUCGUAGAAUUCUCCACAUACCGAACCCACUCAGGAUUCGCAUGGAAAAAGGCACAAUGAAGCGCAAGCAGAGGAGAUACAGAACCACCUUCAAUACGUUGCAACUGCAGGAGCUGGAGCGCGCCUUUCAGCGCACCCACUAUCCGGAUGUGUUCUUUCGCGAGGAGCUGGCGGUGCGCAUCGAUCUGACGGAGGCGCGUGUGCAGGUGUGGUUCCAGAAUCGCAGGGCCAAGUGGCGCAAGCAGGAGAAGAUCGGCGGCAGCCUGGGCGACUACAAAGAAGGUUCACUGGAUCUGGAUGUGGCCUACGAUGACAGUGCGGCGGUUCUGGGUCAAUUGGACAGUGCAUUGGGUGCUGGUGGUACUCUGCUGCCGGACACACCGCCGCAGUCAUCCAAUUCGCUGGACAACGAGCUGAAGGCGCCCUAUGGCACGGGCGCCCUGUCGCCGUCACGGCUCUCGCCCAAUAUAUUCCUCAAUCUGAAUAUCGAUCACCUGGGCCUGGAACGUGGCGGCAGUGGCUUGUCCAUGGAGUGGUCCACAUAUCCGCCGCAGCAGCAACAGACGCAAACGCAUCCGCAGAUGGACUCCGAGCAGCAGCAGCAGCAUCAGCACCCGCCUCAGCAGCAUCAACAUCAACAUCAUCAUCAUCAUCAUGAGCACCAACAGCAGCAGCAGCAGCAUCAGAAUUCUCAACAGCAACAGCAGCAGGAGCAGGACGAAGGACUGGAGUUUGCUGGCUGCUCCCUGGACCUGGACAUGGCUGACGGGUCCUCCGCCUACGACGAGAUGAAGUUCCUCAGCGUGGAUCAGUUCACCAUCGACAGCUUCAAGGCGGACUGCAUACUCAGCAUGGAGCAGUCGCCGCUGCCGCUGCCACAGAUCGCGCCCUAUGUGAGUCACGCGCCGCCACACCACCUCAGCUCCGGCGAUUCCAAUGGCCUGCAAUCGCUGUGCCUCGACGGAAUUAGUUCGAAUAGUGGCCUGGGCAUGGCCUCGUUCGGUGGCGGCCUCUCCUGCUCGCUGCUCUCCCACCACCAAGUCAGUGACGGUGAUUCCAUGCCCAAGGGUUCAUCGCCGCCGCCAUCGCUGCUGGUGCUGGACAAGACGCUGCCCUCGCUGAGCGUUGGUGUGGAGGGCAUAGCCGAUCUGGUUGAGCAGCUGCAUCAGCAUCAUCAUCAUCAUCAUCAGCACCAACAUCAUCAACAACAUCAUCAUCAUCAGCAUCAGCAUGAGGCGGGGGCCAGCGAUAUCCUGUGAAUCCAAUUUAGGCGAAUCAAAUGCAUAGCUAAAUCUAAUCUAAAACCUAAACUUAAACUUAAUCUUACCGUUCGAGAGUGGAGCAGAGAGAGAGCAGUGAGAGCCGCUCUAGUUCUAGUUAUAUAUUCUUGUUUUCUAGUCAAUGUUCUAGUCGCAUAAGUCGAUAGCUAAGUUCCCGAACCAACAGAAAGUGGAGGAGGUACACUCACAGAAAAUCAACGAAAAAACCUUAUGAAGCUGAAAAUUUUUGUAGCAAAAAUAAUAUUUGUAUGUAUCAAUAUUUGGGCAAGGUUUUUUUGGAGUGUACAUCACCUGCUUAUCGCCUUUGUUUCCCCCCCUCCGUCCUGAAAUAUAAAAGAAACAGAACGUGAAAUAUUUCGAGACGAGAGUCCUUGACUACCUUUUUCGGGGGGCAGGCUCUACUAUGGUAGCUUCUAUGGAUUCCCCUACAUGCGGCACAUGCGUUUGUGUGUGCCAAACAAUGGAACAACCACAAACCCCAACCCCCGCCCCUUGCCGCAGCCCAAAACCAGAGCGACUCCUCCACCUUAUAUUUGUGGCUCGGAUUAGAGGCAAACUAAUUGUGCGAUUUGAAUGGAUUUCGGGUUUCACUUGCUGUUUGUUCGGCAAUAACAUUUGCUUUGCUUUUU